AUGCAAGCUGCACCGUCAUCAGGUGCACAACGUGGUCAAGCAACUAUUCAGCCCGCUUAUUUCACGUCUUCGCUCUUUGUCGAUGCGUUACGUGCAGACGUACGCGAACUUGAGCGGAUCUAUUCAAAGCACUACUAUGCUCUUGCCAAUGCGACUGAAGCAGAGCCCAGUCCUUUGAAGCCAUUCGAGCUAUUCAAACACAUAUGGGAACAACUCGGUUGGCAAUGGUUGCAUUUAAAGGUGCUUGAGCCGAGAGCACGCGAAACUUUCUUGGACAUCGUGUUGCGAAUAUUCUCGGAAUUUACUGAAUCUUCGGAAAGUAUCAUGAUGCGUGUGGUGGCUCUACUCGCACUUUAUACAUUCUACAUGUCGCAACCGUCCACGUCCGUUCCACGGACAAUGUUCCGAGUUGAUGGUAUACCCAUCCCAAUUGAUAGCCUUGAAAGACUGCUGAACUUGCCGGAGUCAUUGAGCGGGUCUGAACAACCGUUGAAACCAUACGUGCAAUUCGUCCUGCAAACACUCGAGCCGAAAUUUCUGAUCUUACCUCCAACCGACUUGCAGGCUCAGAAUCCGCGAACACUACCUCGGGAAGAGGUGCGGAACGAAAUAGACUUGGAGGAAGCCGACUUGGCUGGUACAGGAGUAAAGAAACC